UCAAUUCAAAAAUGAAAAAACAAGCUCAGCCAAGUCGAAAACUCCAAAUGCUUUCGCCGGUAAACAGCACCUCACAAACAAAUUUUAUGCUGGGCAGUGGCUUUUAUCGCGUUCCCGAUAAAAAUGGGCGCGAAAUCGUCUUGCGAAGAUCGCGUCGCAUCAUGCAGAAGGACCCAGUCGACUAUACUGUUUUCUUCAGUCGUAUCAUAAGGCGCAAACCGCGUUACCAAAAAAUUCAAAUCAUGAAGAGGACAACACGUCAGAGAAUCCCGAUCGGACCGCAGGAUGAAGAUUUCGAAGGAACACUGCACACGGAUGACGCAAAUCAUUUUCAUGGACCCUUUUGUCAGUGCGCUGGACCAUUACAGGAACAAGCUGUAUCUUCCAUCGUUCCGCCACCACGUCCAGCUCAAGUUGUAAACGUCAAGGAUACGAAGAAACCUAGCCGUGGAAGACCAAAGAAAAGAAGGGCCCCAACAAGUGCUCAGGCAAGGAAGAGGCGCCGAAUGCCCAAAAUGGAGUCCCCUGCCCAUCGCUAUGAGGGUUGCGAUCCAAAUAUCAUGGAAAGCGACGUGGAUCCUAGCCCUGGAGCAAUGUUGCCCCACAGCUCCUUCGAAAUUGUUGAUUCGGGCGAGGACGAUAUGAACAUUUUUGUGGAAAACAACAACAACGAUACUGCAAACGUUCCCACGGAGAAAGUACCCUUCCUUGUUCGCAAUACAACUACUGUGCAAGAGCUUGGACCCGAAGGCGAAGUUGGCUUGCAUGAAAUGGGAGACCAUCCCAUUUCUCCCUCCGUAGGUUCAGCAAACAGUCCUCUUCCCGAGCCGGACAACAUCGCACAUCCCAGUGGUAGCGUUUUGCGUCUCCCUCCGUCGCUUCAGCCUAUCAGCGCACAUAUACUAGAGACUAUGGAUCAGCCCGGUCCAUCACAGCCAAAUGUACAUCUCUCCGAAAGUCAGCGACGUCGACGUACAUGGUCAUUUAUUAACCUGACAGAUGCUGUGAGACUGCAAAAUUUUCUUGAUUGGACGAUUCCUUACUUGACACCAGGAAGGGCAAGUUCGCAGUCUACCACCGAACCCGAAUCGACAGAGGGCGCAAGUACGCAAAAUCAGGCCCCUGCACCACUGGAAAGAAGCAAGAAGUCGAAAAAGAAAUCCAGAAAAUGAAAUAACAGGAUAGAUCAAUUCCGGACUUCUGCAGCUGCAGACAAUCUGGACGGACAAGUCACUAUCGGAGAGCUCUUGUCUUGUUUCAAGAUUGCAGAGCCUUAGAUUACUUCGUGUCAAGCUUUACGGGUUUCAACGUUCGCAUAUCUUUUGUAAAUCUACCUCGUAGAACGCUUUUUCAAAAUAUUACCUCUCUUUUUCAAAAUUAAUCUCAUUGUGACCUCAUUAUUUUUUUGUACAUGUAUUUGAUUUAGUAUAGCGACUUGCAAAAAGACAUUUUUGCACAUUUUCCUUCAAAGAUUUCUUUGCCACACUUCGAGAUUUGAAGCCAGCCAUCCUCCUGUAAAAUUAUGCCUCAUAAAACCAGUUCAUAACUCGAUGAUGAAAUGGAGUCCUCUGUGACAUCAAAUUAUUUGGUAUAGCAGGUAUAUUUGGUAUUUCUAUCAUAUGCACACUUGAUUCAAACGUAAAUAGUAACUUGCAAAAAAGGUUUCCAGAGAUUCCUUUCCAAGAAUUCUGUUUAUACUGUUUUUUCAGUCCUUUUCUGUUCGUACAUCUAGCGUUACUUGUUCAUAUCUUUUGUCGUAACGUUUUUUGUGUGUUAUUGUUUUUCUUGCCAUUAUUUGUAAACGUCUUUGAAAGCUUUGAGUGAAAUGGUCACUCAAAAGAUUGCGUUCAUGUGUAUUAAGAGCGUAUUCUUGUUUUGUGUUUACUCCUGUAUUUAUCCAGAAAGUUCUGUCUUUUUUCGUUACAUAGUACUUUUCAAUAGGUAUCUACAGGUGAGCCAUCGCACGGAAAGAAUGGACGCUGUGGCGCCCGAGCA